AUGCUAUACCUCGAUCAGCCUGUUCAGGUUGGGCUCUCAUAUGAUGAGCUCGUGAACGUCACGGUCUCCUCUUUCACCGGCUCAGAAGGCGUGGAAGUCGCGGACUUCUCAAAUGGUGUACCCGAGCAAAAUAACACUUUCUACGUCGGCACGUAUCCGAGCCAAAACGAAAACCUUACCACUCAAGGAACAGAGAACUCAGCACGAGCCCUCUGGAAUUUUGCCCAAGUUUGGUUCCAGGAAUUCCCUGGCUAUAAACCCAACGACAACCGCAUCUCCAUCGCUACAGAGUCGUACGGUGGACGUUAUGGACCUGCUUUCACUGCAUAUUUCCAGGAGCAAAAUGAAAGAAUCGAGAACGGGACCUGGGAUGAGGAAGGCGAAACCCAUAUCUUGCAUCUCGACACUCUGCUUAUCAUAAAUGGAUGCGUCGAUCGUCUUGUGCAGUGGCCUGGAUAUCCUAUCAUGGCCUACAACAACACCUACGGCAUCAAGGCGUACAACGAGUCGCGACACGACCAAGUUCUGGAAAGCCUAUACGGGGAUGAAGGCUGUCUCGCACAGAUAGAAGAGUGCAGAAACCUCAGCCUUGCUUACGACCCUACAAACCAGGGCUUCAAUGUCUCAGUCAACAAAGUGUGCCAAGAAGCAGAGACUUUCUGCACAGAAAACAUUCGCGAUCCCUACUUCGAUAGCGACCUAAACUAUUAUGACAUCUCCGCCCCGGGAGCAGCGAGUUUCCCACCGCCAUGGUACGAGGGAUUUCUGAACCAGCCAUGGGUUCAAGAGGGCUUGGGUGUGCCUCUGAACUGGACCCAAUCUAACAGUGCGGUAUCUACGGCCUUCAGAGGAAUUGGAGAUUACCCUCGUCCCGGAUGGAAAGAGGAUCUCGCAUACCUACUCGAGGAAGGAAUCAAAGUCACACUAGUGUACGGUGACCGAGACUACGCUUGUAACUGGUAUGGCGGGGAACUUUUGUCCCUUGCAAUCAACUACAGCAACACGGAGAACUACCAUUCGGCUGGCUAUGCACCAGUACAAGUAAACAAUUCAUAUAUCGGUGGACAAGUCCGUCAGUAUGGCAACCUGUCGUUCACUCGUGUCUACGAAGCCGGCCACGAAGGACCUGCAUAUCAGCCAGAGACUAACUAUAGGAUCUUUACUCGUGCGCUCUUCAACUUUGAUAUCGCCACCGGCAAUGUCUCGACCACCGAGAACCCAGACUAUGCAACCGAAGGACCAGAAAAUGUCUACAACAUCACAAACAAGCCAGUUCAGUUACCCGGUAGCCAAUGCUACGUUCUAGAUAAGGACCAGUGCACUGCAGACCAAUGGGCGAGCGUCGAGAAUGGCACGGCGUUGGUGAGGAAUUGGAUUGUCGUGGAUGCGAACAGUAGCUUUCUGUUCCCGGAUCUCGCCAACGGCACAGGCAAUGGGACGAGUCCUGUGGGCACGACCACGCCGUCGCUUGGUCCGACUCCAACGGAUGGUGGAGCUGCACCCAUUGAGAAUACAGGGGCUGCGAGUGGAAGGACUAAUGCGCAGCCAUUCGGCCUGGAGCUAAGGGCUAUCGGCAGUGCGGUGCUAGCAGUGGGUCUGGGCGGUUUGAUAGUGAUGUUGUAG